GUACCUCCUUGUUGCUGGCAAGCUCAAGCUCCAACCUCACAUGUUCAUUCCUGAACAAAGGAAAUUGAUGACUCUUUACUGGUAGACCCUAGUCUGCUCCUGCCCCUCCUCAAGAAAAGGCUGACAUCAGAAACGAGAGAAAAAUUGCCCCUCCCCCUCGCGCCCAAAACCCGCCGAGCUCGCAACACAAACAAAGAAUCACCUUCCGCACUCGGCAACAACCUUCACGAUGCCCAUGCUCAAGGAUCCCUCCAAGAAAUAUAGGUCCUUUCCGCCUAUCAACCUGCCCAACCGGCAAUGGCCCUCCAAGGUCAUCGACAAGGCCCCAAGAUGGCUGGCAACAGAUCUCAGAGAUGGCAACCAGAGUCUGGUCGAUCCAAUGAACGGUGAUGAGAAGUGGACCUACUUCAAGAUGCUCUGCGACCUGGGCUACAAGGAGAUCGAGGUCUCCUUCCCUUCUGCCUCCCAGACCGACUUCGACUUCACCCGCCGUCUGAUCGACACUCCAGGCGCCGUCCCCGACGACGUCUACCUGCAGGUUCUCUCCCCCUGCCGCGAGGACCUCAUCCGCAGAACUGUCGAGUCCCUGAAAGGCGCCAAGAAGGCUAUCGUACACAUCUACCUCGCCACCAGCGAGUGCUUCCGGCGCAUAGUCUUCGGCUUCACACAGGAGGAGAGUCUGGAGCUGGCAAAGAAGUGCGCGCGCCUGGUCCGUCAGCUGACCAAGGACGACCCCGCCCAGCAGGGCACCGAAUGGGCCUUUGAAUUCAGCCCCGAAACCUUCUCUGACACGGGACUGGACUUUGCCGUCCAGAUCUGCGAGGCCGUCAAGGCCGAGUGGGAGCCCACCGAGAAGAACCCCAUCAUCUUCAACCUGCCCGCCACCGUCGAGAUGUCCACGCCCAACGUCUACGCCGACCAGAUUGAGUACUUUUGCACCCACAUCACCGAGCGUGAGAAGGUCUGCGUGUCCCUGCACCCGCACAACGACCGAGGCUGUGCGGUCGCCGCGGCGGAGCUGGCGCAGAUGGCUGGUGCCGACCGCGUCGAGGGCUGUCUGUUUGGGAACGGCGAGCGCACCGGCAAUGUCGACCUGGUCACGCUGGCGCUGAACCUCUAUACCCAGGGCAUCAGCCCCAAGGUCGACUUCUCGAACCUGCAGGGGGUCAUCCACACGGUCGAGGUCUGCAACAAGAUCCCGGUCCACCCUCGUGCGCCAUACGGCGGCUCCCUGGUCGUCUGCGCCUUCAGCGGCUCUCAUCAGGAUGCCAUCAAGAAGGGAUUCCUGGCGCGGGACCAGUCUGGCGCCGAGUACGACGACUACUGGCAGAUCCCCUAUUUGCCCCUGGACCCCAAGGACAUCGGCAGAGACUACCAGGCCGUCAUCCGCGUCAACUCGCAGAGUGGCAAGGGGGGCGCCGCCUGGAUCAUUCAACAACAUCUGCACCUCGACCUACCUCGUGGCCUGCAGGUGGACUUCAGCCGGGUCGUGCAGAAGGUCGCCGACGAGCGCAGCCGCGAGCUGCUACCCGUCGAGAUCACAGAGCUAUUCGAGAAGACGUACUUUUUGCGCGAUAACCCGCGCUUCACCAUCGUGGACUACACCAUCUCGCCGGACCGGUCGCGAAGCCCCGCGCCACCCGAGCCGGGCAAGACGCAGGACACCAAGAACCUCCAGCGGGUGUUCGAGGGCGUCAUCUCGGUUGAGGGACGCGAGUACCAGCUCAAGGGCCGCGGCAAUGGCCCCCUGUCGAGCUUGUCGGAUGCCCUGCGCCAGAUUGGUGUCGACGUCGAUGUCAACGACUACAAGGAGCACGCUGUCGGCAAGGGCCGUGACGUUAAGGCCGCCACGUACAUCGAGUGCACCACUGCAGGCUCCAGCCAGAGGUUCUGGGGCGUGGGUAUCCACGAGGAUGUUGUUCAGAGCUCCCUAGUCGCGCUGCUGAGCGCCGCCAGCAAUUUUGUCGUCUCUCAGCCCAAGAGCCCCAUCCUGAACAAGCUGGCGUCAGCGAAUGGCAGCACCGCCUCGAAUGCCAACCCUGAGUCCGAUAUCAUCAAUCGCCUGGAGACCGCAGCUGACGAGAUGUAACUUCAGGGGAAGAAGGUGUUGUUUGAUAUGAUGGGUUUCUUGCAGACAUAUUCCUACCGGGCUCACGAUUCAUGUCUUGUAACUCACAUUUGUCCUUUGGUUUCUGUCCGUUAGCAAAAACCCAAAUACGUCGGUCUGUCGGAAAAGUGGCGAGGUUUAAGGAUGGUGGGGGGGUUAAAAAAGUGAUUGCGGUUUGACUUUCCUACCCUCAUUCGCCCCCUCUGUAUUAACGAAAUACUAGGGGAAUAAAGUCUCCAGGAGCAAAUUUGAGAGAAAGCCUUGUCGCGAUGGCACGGUGUGCAGCGGGGGGAAAAAAAAAGAAAAAGGAGAGGAAAGCAGAGAGAGAAAAAGGAAGUAAAAAAGCAAAAUAAGACCAAAAUGGCAUCCAUUG